AUGGCAUCGUCGCAGAGGGCAAUCACCACGACUUCAUCGAGGUCCAGCCUAGGGUCCGCGCGGGGAGGGCACGCGUUCGAGAUAUCUGGGUACAGCCAGCACAAGGGCCUUGGCAUAGGGGAAUCCGUCCGCUCCGCCACCUUCACUGUCGACGGCUGCGAGUGGUCCAUCGUCUUCUACCCCGACGGAGAAAUGUAUGAAUACCAAGAAUACGUCUCGGUGUUUCUUGAGCUACUGACGUUGGAGGCCGACGUAAGAGCCGGCUUCGACAUGAUUCUGGUCGUCCCGUCGGACCGGGCCAGCACCAAGUUGAUCCAUCGGGUGGCUCCCAUGGUUUUCGGCCACAUACAACCCGACUGGGGGCUUCCCCAGUUCAUGAAGAGGGCAGUCUUGGAAUCAUCACCGUACCUGGAGGACGACCGCCUCGUGAUCAAGUGCGAGGUCACUGUCGUGAGGCAACCACAGGUGGAGGAGACUGCGCCGGACUUCGAGGUCCAGGUGCCGCCCUCUGAUCUGUACGACAAUCUUGGGAAACUGUUACAAUCAGGGGAGGAAGCCGUGUGGUUUUGUAUUGUGCUUGCAAUGCGGUCGCCGGUGUUCAAGGCGGAGCUUUAUGGGCCGAUGAGCGACAAAAGAACAUGGAGGAUAACCGUCAAGGAUAUGCAGCCUGCUGUAUUCAAGGCGUUGCUUCAGUUUAUCUACACUGAUUCCUUGCCUUCCAUGCUUGACCUCUGCGACAAUGACCAGAAAGAAAUGGUCAAGCAUUUGCUUGUGGCUGCAGAUAAGUAUGCCAUGGAAAGACUGAAGCUAAUCUGCGAAGGCAUUCUUUGUAGGAAUCUCGACGUUGAUUCUAUGGCGACGACAUUAGCUCUGGCUGACCAGCAUCAUUGCGGCAACCUCAAAGAAGCUUGUGUCCAAUUUCUCCUCACGGGGAGUAGAAUGGAUGCUGUGCUGGCAAGCAAAGGCUACACACACCUUAAAAGAUCUUGUCCUUCUGUCAUAGUUGAUAUCUUUGAGAGGGCAACUAAGUCUCGCAAGAUUUUGUAA